UGUCACACAACAUGCUUUUAUUUUUUAUUAUUAUUUGCUCAAUUCUUAUUAUUUUUAAAUUUUAACACUAUAAACAGUUACCAGCUAAAAAGUAAAAUUUUAACUACUAUUAGCAGUCCGUGUGAGGUACAAAUUACAAUUUUCACUACAAUGGAUGCUGACAAGCUAUAUAUAGAGCCACAACACAAACUGAUAAGUGGAAGCAGCUUAAAGUGUAAUUUGGAGGAUAUCAAUCAACUACUAUCUGCCAAAAAACAUUUAUUAGAACAACCACGUAUUGAAAAAUGUACAUCACUAGCUGAAGCUGAAUGGAAUGAUGAUUUGAAAUUAGCAAAAUUAACAAAAGUUACAAAAAAUCUUACCAAGAAUUUUUCACAUUCUUUGAAUAAGUCAUUGUAUUUAUACCCAGAAGAAUGCUUGUGUUUGCUAGAAAUGAAAUGUUUGGUACUAAAAUGGAAUGAAAGAAAACUGUCAAUUAAAAAUGCAUUUUCCUUAUUAUUGGCUGAAGGAACUGGUUGUACAUUUGAACAAUGUAGAACCUAUGGUUAUUUGGUUAAAUUGGGAUUUCGAGUAUUUAAACAUAACAACAAGCUAAUAAACAAAAUAUAUGAUGCUAAAGAUAUACCCAAACUUCCAGAUGUGUCAACCAACAGAAAAAAACGUAAUGGAAAUUACAGGUCUAUGCAGUCUGAAAAUAUUCCUAAAUUUUUCAAAAAAUUUCCUUCUCCUGAACGCAAAACUAAUUUUGAGUUAGUAUAUACUCCACUAUCACACUAUUUGCCACAAAACUUACAACCUGUUUAUGAUGUUUACUCUUAUGAGUUGGCUGUGAUUUCUGGCAGUAUUAAAAUUAUCGAUUAUAAGUAUUUUGAAAAAUACAAUAGUUUAGAAAAUGUGGAAAAAGAAAGCAUAGUGUAUGGAUCAAAACCUAUUGGAAUGUACCCUGUGUAUGAAAAAAAUAUUCCUAAAACCAUAAAAUCAAAUGACGAAAAUAUUUAUGAACCUAGUGUUAAGAAAUUAAAAUUUACAGAAACUAAAAAUGUCCACUCACUUAAUACUUUGAAUAUGGCAGCUACUACAAAUAAUGAUAAUGACUUAAGUACAUUGAGUACUACAGCAAAUGUAACCACCGUUCAAGAAUGUGAAGAUUCAAAAAAUAAUAAAAUUAUGGAAAUUAAUUUGCCAGUCAGCUUGAAUACUGGAAGUAAUUUAAGUUUAUCAAAUAAUAAAAUUAAUUCUAAUGAUAAAUUGCUUGAUGAAAACAAUAAAGAAAAAAAUGAAUCUGAUAGCAAGCUACCAAAAUUUACACUGUCCAAUAUUAUUCCUGAAAAAGAAAUGCUUAAUAUGCAUUUAAAUGUGCCAACUCACAUUAGGCAGAAACUUUUGGCAAUAAAACCAUCAACUUUUCAUGAAGAAUCUAUAACAAAUACUAAUAAUAAGCACUGUGUGCAUUAUGAUGUUUACUAUCCAGAUAAUGAUGUUCCAAAAACAUCGAGACCUGCACCAGACUUUAGAGUUAUUGUUUUUGAAGAUGAUUUAGAACAUUUUCCAAAUAUAUACAACAUCAAUAGAUCAAAUCCUCAUGACAAUAUACCUACAUUAUGGGCCAUUGUAAAUUCAAGUUCAGUUUCAUUUUUCAGUGUGGAUAGUAUAAUCCUGCCAAAAACUACAGACUGGGAUAAAAAAGUCGAUUGAUUUGAAUUAAAUCGUUCCAUAAAUUGUUUUAUUGUGUCACUGACAUUUGUUAAUCAUGAAUAAUACUAUUUUGUACUCAUCAACUGUGUGAUUGCAUCAUUUUUUGUAUAAAUGAGUUGGUAAUUUUACAGUUAUAUGUUGUGUUAUGAUAUUUUAUAUAUUAUUAAUUAUUUAUUUUCUUA